GUGCGCUUUAAGUGUUGCGCGGUCAACUCGGGUAAAAAUGCUACCGUUGUGUGCGUGUGUGCGUGUAUUGACGGGAGGAAGGGAAGGAAACGGCUAACAAUCUGAUUGCAUCACCGAACUUGACUCCACUACAUUCCUUUCUCACCACCACAUCUUCCUCCUACUACACAAAACACACAAUGAGGCCAACACUAGUAAACAACUUGCGUGUCCUUGUACCCGUUAAACGUACCAUCGAUUAUGCAGUCAAGAUUCGUGUUGCUUCUGAUGGCAAAGGAGUGGAUACGAAUGUGAAACAUGCAAUGAAUCCAUUCGAUGAAAUCGCAGUGGAAGAAGCCGUAAGAUUACGUGAAAAACACAAAGAUGCAAUCACAAAAAUUACUGCAGUUUCUGCUGGACCUGCAAAGACUGCCGAUGUUUUACGUACUGCUUUGGCAAUGGGAGCAGAUGAUGCAAUUCACGUUGAAAUUCCUGAUAAUUCUUUGGGAGGACCACUAGAACCUUUGGGCGUUUCAAAAAUCUUGAAAGCGGUGAUUGAUAAAGAAAAUGAAAAAGAGGAAAUCGGUUUGAUCAUCAUGGGUAAACAAGCAAUCGAUGAUGAUGCAUCACAAACAGGUCAAAUGUUAGCCGCAAUUUUGGAUUGGCCACAAGCUACAUUUGCAUCAAAGAUGGAAUUUAAAGGUAAACUGGAAAAAGGUGAAAAAGUUCAAGUUACACGUGAAGUUGAUGGAGGUUUGGCAGUCGUUGAGACUUCUUUGCCUUUUGUUUUGACGACCGAUUUACGUUUGAACGAACCACGUUAUGCAUCUUUGCCUAACAUUAUGAAAGCAAAGAAGAAGCCAUUCCAAAAGCUCACUUUGAAAGAUCUUGGUUUAGAAGAUGCUGCUAAGCCUCGAUUGGAGACUAUCAAAGUACAAGAACCACCAAAGAGAGAAGGAGGUGCAAAGGUUGAAUCAGUUGAUGAACUCGUCAGCAAACUCAAAGAGGCUGGUCGCAUUUGAACAUUAUCUGAUUUAAGCAAAUCACACCCACACAUUCACACAAGCUAU